CAGAAUUAUUGUAAUCGGGAUCAACAUCUGAGAAGUCGGAAAAAUCCGUGAACUCCCCCUCCUCGGUUAUUUUAUCCACUUCUUGCUGAAGAAAGUGGCUUUCUCAAAUUCCAACUCCUGUAAAAAAAGAUAUUUAAUGUUUCUAUUUUCGAAUAUUUAAACUUUAUCAUACGCAUACACACAGACAUACUUACAAACAUCUAAACAAUACUUACAUUAUGUUAGUUAUUGAGGCAACAGUGAUGUUCACAAAAUUGAAAAAAUAUCUUGUACUUCCACGCCGUGUCAGUCGAUUCUGGAAACACCAACAAACGUGACGUAUACGUACUCAGUGCUAAAUAAACACUGAAUAUGCAUCAUCCGACGUAUAAUCGUAUCCCCACCAUCAAAAACAACGCGCGGCGUGGCGGCAGUCGAAUGCACGAAAUGAUCACGGCGUAAGUUGGGUUUUUGUUGUCAGUCUAAAGGCGGACUCCCACUACUCGUGUAUUUGGCAAGUACGCCAAUAUUUGCGUACUUGCCAAGUACACCAAGGUUCGAAUUCAAUUUACAAAUAGGGCGCUCCCACUACUCCUGUAUUUGGCAAGUACGCCAAUAUUUGUGUAUUUGGCAAUUACAGCAGGUUUCGUUGCCUCUCGGUCUUCAGUGUUUGUUUUCUUUCCAUCAUGGAUAGUCGCGUAGUCGCUUCAGCAGCGUUUGUGGUAUUGAGUGGCUGCAUGAGAAGAAUUAAAGCUCAUCAAGUUCAGAAAGCAAAAAGAAAAAGAAGAUGGUGGAUGACUUCUUUGAGCAGAAGUCGAGAGAGGUACAAUGUCUCCAUUAUGAUAGAGGACCUGAUUCGAGAACCGUCAGGAAGGUUGGAGAAUUUCCUGCGAAUGUCCUACACCGACUUCGAAUUUCUACUGAAUGAGGUGGGACAUAUGAUAGGGAAAAAAGAUACUCAGCUGAGGAAGGCAAUUUCAGUUAAGGAAAGGUUCUGCGUUGCUCUCAGAUUCUUCGCUAGUGGUGACAGUUUCGUGAGUUUGUCAUACCUCUUCAAAUUUUCACAACAAACUGUAUCCCGGUGCGUUUUCGACGUUUGCGAUGCAUUGAUUAGCGUUCUCAACCAUCAAAUAAAAAUGCCGAGAAGUUCAAAUGAAUGGAAAAAAAUUGCAAUUGAAUUCGAGAAAAGGUGGAAUUUCCCUCAUUGCUUGGGAGCUAUAGACGGGAAGCAUAUACUGAUUCAGAGCCCAAUGAAUAGUGGAUCAGAUUUUUUUAAUUACAAACACACUUUCAAUGUUGUUAUGAUGGCACUUGUGGACGCCAAUUACAUGUUCACAUAUGUGGAUGUUGGAUGCCAAGGCCGUAUAAGUGACGGAGGUGUAUUCCGCAAUACCGUUUUGGGCAGAAAACUCGAAGAAAAUAGACUGAUGUUACCCAACGAUGAAACUCUACCCAAUCAUACUCAAACUACUUUUCCUUACGUUUUCGUCGCAGAUGAUGCUUUCGCUUUGGGACCCCAUUUAUUAAAACCAUUCCAAGGAGUCUACGAAGCAGGCAGCGAUGAAAGAGUAUUCAAUUACCGGUUGUCUCGUGCUCGGCGCAUUGUUGAGAACGCAUUCGGAAUACUAGCGUCGGUCUUCCGGGUGUUUAGAGCACCUAUGCUACUACAACCCGACAAAGUCAGCAAAGUAGCAAUGACUUGUGCACUGCUUCACAAUUUUUUACGGAGCAGUAAAGACUCUUCUGCUACCUAUGCACCGCCAGGCGCUAUCGAUAUGGAGCAAGACGGCACAAUUAUUCCCGGCACAUGGCGAAGCGAUGUACAAAAUAUGAUAUCUUUCCUACCCCUCAAAAAAAUACCAAGAAAAGCUGGUCGUGAGGCUCAGGAAAUAAGGAAAUUAUUUUGUGGCUAUUUCAAAACUACUGGAAAGGUUCACUGGCAGGACCGUUACUGUUAAAUAUUCAUUGUACCGUUCCAAUAUCUUAAAAUAAAACAAUCUUUCACUCACCUCUGAAUUAUAUGUAUUCCUUGCGACUGAAACCCCAUGCAGAAAGCUCUCCAUUUUCUCGAAUGCAAACCAAGUUGGUUUAUAAACGUCCUUGCUGCCGGUCCCUGUUUUUGAUGAUGCCUUAACUUUCCUCCACAAUGGUCGAAAUGACGCCAUCAAUUCUUUCUCAAAUCGGCAACCGUACAUUCGAUCGAUAUUUUAUUUUUGAUGCGUAGUCAGGCAUCGUUAAUCAAGUUUCUG